UUGCCAUCUCGCUGUCUGUCGCGAUUUACAGAGGAGUAAUUAUGUAUCCUAUUGGAAGGGAAGAUACUCCCCUUGCUUGUGCCCAAUUCCCUGCCCUGUUCUUCAUCCGAAUCGAUCUCGUUUUGCUUGUGUCUACAGAGCUACAUGCGGCGCCUAUUUCUUGUGGCGCUUCAGAGCACUCUCCAGUGAUUCGUCAUUGGCGCAGCGUACCGGUCUUCUUUGCACCGUCGCAGCUAAUUUCCGAAUGUGUAGAGAUCUUGCCUCCGAUAUGGACACAGUAUUAUGGAUCGGAAAGGAUCCUGCCUUUGUGUUAACCAGUCCAACACAGGCACCCUCAUUGUCCACGAUUUUCGCUCUGUCGGCCCUCCCCCCUUCAGCCGACAGCGCUCAGCUGUCUUCAACGCACUACUUUUACCUUGAUACCAUCUGUUCGACGAACACUUGGAGCCGAAACCGAAUCGGUGUGGCCGCCCGCGGCCGCUCUAGUUCUUUCCUUCAAGUUCUUCCAGGUCGUCAGUGAUUGACAUGCGAACGGCUGUCUCCCUUCUGUAUAGAGAACAAAAGGUGUGACGCCGUGUCGACGUUGCUGCGUCGUGGACUGCAUAGGGAACAAGACGAGAACGGAGACGAAUAAGUACAGUGACUGGGGUGCCCACUGAGGUCAAUCCAACAGCCUACGCGUACAGUAUGGCUAUCUUAUCAGCGGACGAGAAGCGAGUCUUGGCCCUCAAAGCGCGUGAUCUACGCGCUGGAAACCGCAAAUUCACGCUCUCUACAUACCGAGAAGACAAGAAGGUCUAUCACACCAUCCAUCUUUCCGAGGACGCGAAUGGGAAAAGGCCUUGCUACAGCGCGGCGACCUAUUGGGGAGAGUCGCUAUUUGGCGUGCAUCUCCUGCGUUCGUAUCGCCACCAGCGACGAGAGACGCGGAUCCGGAUCCACACACUCGGAGGCAGAGAGCAGACGGGCUGGUUUGAGGUCGAUCAGCAAAACUCAAGUCAAGAGACGGGAGAAAUUUGGGUCUGGGCCACAAUAUCGCUCCGUGACAUACCGGAGCGAAGCCCAUCGGAGCCCCGAUUCGUGCAAGAGGCUUCUGUCUCAAUCAGGUUACACGUGCUCAAGCCUGGUGAAGAAGGUUUUGUUUUCACCUUUCAUCGAAUAAAGCGUGGAACACACGGCGGUAGAACUAUGCAUUUGCUACUGGGUGGACUUUUCCGUCGUUUCACUCGAAAAUAUCCCACAGGGAACGGAAGAGAGACCUGGAUUUGCUCGAAAGACGUCGAGAACGACGUGCAGCUGGAUCCCAGGGGGCAGCUAACAUGUGGAGGCCUGCUUGCGGCUCUGAUGUGUCUAGUGAAGCCAAACGAUCCAAACAUGGAAGAAACGAUUCUUUUGAGGGAGUUCAUCGAGGACGAUUGGUGGAAACCUGGGCCCGAUGGGCGCGUCAUCGAUGAGAAUUGCGGCCGGGGAACUUCUGAACCCUUCCGUUAAGUAGACAUAUCACGUAAUAUUGAUGUCUGGUACUUUAAGCAUUAGAGAGUCAACAAAUGUACCUCA